GUCAAUUUUCGAUAAGAUCGAACACAAAUUCGCCCAGCCUAUUUCCAUAUAAAUAGAACUCCGCCUGGCGAGAGCAGGCAGUGAAGUCGGUUUACUCCACUAGGUCCAAAAUGUUGCUGUACACCCUGGUGCUGGCGCACGUCAUCCUGGCCCUUUCCCAUGGCUCCCUGGCUGAGAAAAUGAUGCGGCCCAAGUUCAAGGAAAUGAAGAUCUGGAGCGACGAGAAGUUCCUCAGCCACAAGGUGGUCUACGACAGCAGCGACCCGCACCUGAACUUCAGCAUGGAGGUGCACCAGGAGCUGCUCGACGUGGACGUCCACGUGGAGGUGCGCAUCACCAACAAGCAGGACCCGCUCUACACCACCACUCUGAACACCACCCUGAACGUGUGCCGCAUCCUGGGAUUCGCCAACAAGUCCCCGGUGGGCCGCUUCGUGCACGGAUUCAUCCGCGAGUUCGGCAACAUCGUCGAGAACUGCCCCAUCGCCAAGGGCUCCUACUUCAUCAACAAGUUCUGGUGGCCGGAGGACCCAACCACCGCCAUCCUGCCUGAACUGGAGUUCGAAAUCGUCUGGCAGGCCAUGCACCUCGACGCCAGCAAGAAGCGCACUCUGGUCAUGAACGAUCACUUCAGCGGGGAGUUCGUCGUCCAGGACGUGAACAACCUCAAGCCUGGCAUAUUUGCAAUGCUUCCCAAGAUCGCCUAGAAACUCCGCUGGGCUCGUUUCUGCCCCGGAUGAGCCACCCAGCUAAGUCGUGCGUCCCAACGGUAUUUAAUUAAUGUUAUUCAUGUGUCACUUGGUGUUACCCAGAAAGCAAGCAAAUAAACUUGCCCCAUAAAGAGCAAAUCUACGUAGCGCCUUAAUGUGGCUUUCGAAACUCCGUGUACCUUUGCAACCGAAUUAGUUUAAUUGCCACGCACACUCUAAUUCUCACAAGACGUCCUCAAACUUCAAAAAAACGUUUGUUUGAAUUCUGUUGUCAGUCUGGUAUGAAAAAUUCUGUAUUGAUAUGCUGGAAAAUAUCAAUUUCAUAUGUUCGAAAAUAUUAAUUUGAUAUAACAACAUAAAUGACCAAAAUGAAUAGGCAAAAAACCCAGAUUGAUGACCAGUUUUUACUCUGAGUACCGACACGCCGGAAAUUAUUAAAAUCGGACCACAUACGUAAUAAUUUACAUUUAAAGACCAUCGUCAAUGACGUCACAACCAGUAGAUAAAGUGAAAAG